UGUUUGGAACCUCUACUGGGCUCCAUGGUGCUGUCUGGAACAGGUAUGAUGGUGGCUUCCCUUGUCUCAAGGAUAACAAUUUCUGCAGCCGUGGUCAAAGCUGGAGGGACAGUCUCUGGCACCAUACCAGCUGGUUUACAGGCCAUGACCAUAGGUGCUGUGCCCUCUGUGCUGGGUGCUGUGGGCUUCACUGGGACAGGAAUUGCUGCUUCCUCUCUAGCAGCUAAGAUGAUGUCCUUGUCAGCUAUUGCUAAUGGGGGUGGAGUUUUUCAUCCCAUCUCACAGCUUUUAUCCUUUGUUUCUUCCACAGGAGCUGCAGGGCUCUCCCUGUCAUCUAAGUUCCUCUUGUGCUCUGCGGGAUCUGCCCUCACGGCAUCUGAGUGUUCUAGCCCCUCUCUGCUCUGAAAAGGGGACACGGAGGCAGAGAAGGGACAGACUCCGGCAUGGGAGUAGAAAAACCACCUUUGGGCCAGGCAGAGGAUCACCGCCAGACAGCCAACCCUCUUAGAGUGGGUUUUCUCUUCUUCCUGACCUGACUCAAAUUCCAAGACUGCCCAAGUCAAUUUAUUAAAACAGUUGACUUAGGCAUCUGCAAUGGUGACUUCAACCUCCAUGCCCGGCUCAAUACUGAUGGACUUAAUCUGUUUAACUAUCUCGGAGGGG